GCGGGCACCGAGUCGUCUGGCAAGACUGCGGGCACCGAGUCGUCUGGCAAGACUGCGGGCACCGAGUCGUCUGGCAAGACUGCGGGCACCGAGUCGUCUGGCAAGACUGCGGGCACCGAGUCGUCUGGCAAGACUGCGGGCGGGCACCGAGUCGUCUGGCAAGACUGCGGGCACCGAGUCGUCUGGCAAGACUGCGGGCACCGAGUCGUCUGGCAAGACAGUGGGCUCCGAGUCAACAGGCACGACAGUGGGCACCGGGUCAUCAGGUAUCGGAUUGUCUGGCUCGACAGCGGGCAUCGGGUCACCAGGCAUCAGGUCAUUUGGCUUGCCAGCGGGCACCGCGUCAUCUGGCAAGCAAAGGCAGUGGGCACCGGGUCACCAGGUAUGACAGCGGGCUCUGAGUCAAUUGGCACGACAGCGGGCACUGGAUCAGGUACCGGAUCAUCUGGAUCAACAGCGGGCAUCGAGUCAACUGGC